UUUCCAAAAUUAAAAUGAGAUGAGUUUGAUUCCAUCACCAAACAAAAUUAAACCAGUUAAUCACCUGUUACCAUUUUAAACACAAAUUAUCAUUCACCACCAAAGUUGAAUUAUCUAUCUUUCUUCUAUAUUUUAUAUAGUACCUUUGGUUUUCAAGUUUCAAUCUCUGUAGCUUAGGUUCAUUCAUUAUAGUGCUCUUCUGCAAAAGCUACCUAACCAUGUGUUCACAUUCCCGUUCAAAAUGCAGAGCACUAACCACCACCAUGUUCUUCCUUUUACCACUCAUCUCUUCUCUUUUCUUCACCCCUUCCACCGCCUGUUCUAACGGCAAUUGCCAGGUUCUGGAAGCUUGUUCUGCGGCUACGGAUUGUGGGUCGGGGCUUUUUUGCGGUAAUUGUCCUGCUUUGGGAUUGAACCAACCCAUAUGUACCAGAGGGCAGCCUGUACUUCCCACAUCCACUGUGAAUGGAUUGCCCUUCAACAAGUACUCAUGGAUAGUGACUCACAAUGCUUUCAGCAUUGUUGAUUCGCCUCCUUUGCCGAGUGUUCAGAGACUAACAUUUUACAAUCAAGAAGAUAGUGUAACUAAUCAGUUGAGGAAUGGAGUGCGGGGACUAAUGUUGGAUAUGUACGACUUUCAAAAUGAUAUCUGGCUCUGUCAUUCGUUUCGAGGGCAAUGCUUCAACUUCACUGCCUUUCAACCUGCAAUCAAUACUUUGAAAGAAGUGGAAGCAUUCUUGACCCAAAAUCCAACUGAGCUUGUUACCAUCAUAAUUGAAGACUAUGUGCAUACUCCAAAGGGGUUGACUAAUCUGUUCACAAGUGCUGGAUUGGAUAAGUAUUGGUUUCCUGUGUCCAAGAUGCCAAAAAAAGGAGAUGACUGGCCUACUGUAACCGAGAUGGUUCAAGCGAAUCAUCGGCUUAUUGUUUUCACUUCUGAUGCUUCGAAGGAAGCUCAAGAAGGAAUAGCUUAUCAAUGGAAGCACAUUGUUGAAAAUGAGUGUAAGCGCAAUACCAUUUAUACGCAUAUAUAUAAUAUAACCCCUUUAUACAUUAAUGACAGUUACAUGAUUCACUUGUUUUCAGCUGGAGACCCCGGAGUUCAAAAGGGUUCUUGCCCACAUAGGAAAGAAUCAAAGGCAUUAAACUCUAAAGGUGCAUCGCUUUUCUUGAUGAAUUACUUUCCGACAUAUCCGGUUCAAGCUGACUCGUGCAAAGAGCAUUCCGCUCCACUUGCUGAGAUGGUGAACACAUGUUAUAAAGCUGCAGGGAAUGUGGUUCCUAACUUCAUAGCUGUUAACUUCUACAUGAGGAGUGACGGCGGUGGUGUUUUUGAUAUUGUGGAUAAAAUGAAUGGCCACUCAUUAUGUGGAUGUAGUACAGUUGCUGCUUGCCAGGCAGGUGCAACCUAUGGGUCUUGCAAGAAUAUUUCUGUACCAAGUACAAGUCCAGCGAGCAGCACUCGCGGCAGUGGAAGCUUUACUGGAUCCGUUCAGUUCUCUAAAUCUGCUUCACCCGUUCGUUAUCCAAAUUCAUUGCUUGUUUUCUUGUUUUACUUCCUGCUUAUUUCAGUCUUGUUUAAACUCUGAUCACUAAACAUUAUCAUAUACCUUAUGGAAGCUAGUCUGUCAAGAAAAGCUUCUAAUGUCUUUGCUUGUACACUAAUAUAUUACUUCAAGCCGAGAAAUUCAUGAAACUGUUGCUAGGUUAGGAAAUUAUAUGAGUUUUUGUUUAUGCUUAGGCUAUAUUCAAGAAUAUUUGAUGUAAAUUGUAAUCGAGAGAGAUCAAGAGUUUAUCCGGAGCUAUAAGAAGUUCAGGUAUGUUA